UUUCUCUGUCUAGAGUUCUCUCUCUAGAAACUUUCAGUCUCUCGUCGAGAACCGAAAGCUUUUUGAUAUUUUUUGGAGCUUUCUAAAGGCGGAGACGUCUCCUUCGCCUACCAACCUCUCCGGCUCCCAUCGAUUUGUUCGUUCUAAGUAUAAACGGGGGGUGAUGGAGGGCGCGGAGCCACCGUUCGUCGGAGCCUAUUCGGACCAGUUCGAGAGCUUCUCCGGAGGGAAGGAAGGCAAGGGGAGGAGGCUCUGGAAGCGGGUGAAGUACCAGCUGGUGGAGUACCAUUCGUUGCCCGUCUAUCUCAAGGACAACGAGUACAUAUUGCGCUACUACCGGGCUGAAUGGCCCCUGAAGCAGACCCUACUCAGCAUCUUCACCAUCCACAACGAGACCCUCAAUGUUUGGACGCACUUGAUCGGGUUCUUUCUGUUUCUUGCUUUGACCAUAUACACUGCAAUGAAGGUUCCACAGGUGGUAGAUCUCCAGUCAUUGCAACAUUUGCCAGAUGCACUAAAAAAAGCUCAUUUACAAAAGAUCCAAUCAGAAAUUAUGGCUUGUCUUCCUUCUUUGCCUCACCUACCUGAUUUGCAAAGAUUAAAAGAUGAAUUGAAGACCUCCUUGGCUUCUAUGGACAUGUUUCCAUCUCUACCCCGCUUGCACCUUCUGGAACUUCUGUCAAAUUGUUUGCCUCAGAGAUUUAGCCACACAAAUCAGACAAAUUGGAGCUUUAAAGAUGACAUGGCUAACAUGAUAGCGCCACUGCUGGUAAGGCCAAUUCCACGUUGGCCGUUUUUUGCCUUUUUAGGUGGAGCCAUGUUUUGCCUUCUUGCCAGCAGUGCAUGCCACCUUCUAUCGUGCCACUCCCGGCGGGUUGCAUACAUAAUGCUGCGCCUUGACUAUGCUGGGAUUGCUGCCCUCAUCACAACAUCCUUCUACCCCAUGGUGUACUACUCUUUCAUGUGCAACCCUUUCUUCUGCAACCUCUACCUCGGUUUCAUAACCGUUCUUGGUGUAGCCACCAUCUGUGGCUCGCUCUUUGAAGUCUUCCAAAGCCCAGAGUUCCGGGUUAUAAGGGCAAGUCUAUUUUUUGGCAUGGGCAUAUCGGGGGUGGUGCCUGUGUUGCACAAGUUGGCAGUUUUCUGGAAUCAACCAGAGGCAAUUCACACAACUGGAUAUGAGGUGUUGAUGGGGCUUUCAUAUGGAUUAGGGGCGCUGGUAUAUGCCACAAGAAUUCCAGAGCGCUGGAUGCCUGGAAAAUUUGACAUCGCCGGGCAUAGUCACCAGCUCUUCCAUGUGCUAGUCGUCGCCGGGGCUUACAUACACUACCAGGCAGGGCUGGUGUACCUAAAAUGGAGAGAUAUGGAAGGAUGCUAGCAUUGCUGUAUGAGACAUUAAGCAAUAAAUGGAUAUCCUUGUAGUAGCUCCCCAUGAGCUUGUAGGCUACAAAAUGUAUUCUUGUGGCAGGGCUCAAGUCAAGUAUUUUCCCACUAGCAAUUUUAGCAAAUCUGAAAAUUAUCAAAGAAUUCAAGCUUCUCAUUGUACAAUGUAUCAGCACGUCUUCUGGAAUACAACAGGAAGAACAUCCUGCCUGUUGGUUAGUUCUGAUAUGCAUGAGAAUUUGGUUAAAUGAUCCAAAUAGUAUCUAGUUCUCAGUAUUAC